AUGAUGCUCAACGAGAAUCACCAGCCGUUUGAGGAAGCGUGGCGGAGGGUGUAUCGAGAGCAUGAGGAGUUCCAUCUCUGGAUGGGGAACCAGCGGGGGUGCUGGAAACUGAACGUGGAUGGUAGUUUUCAGGACGAGGGAGAUUGUAUUGGGGGAGGAGGCAUAGUGCAGGAUAAUUCUGAGCUCUGGAUUUGUGCCUUCACUUUUAGGAAGGAGGGGGACAAUGCUUUCAUGGCGGAGGCUCAUGCUCUCCAGGAUGGUCUUGAGCUAGUUUGGAAUAAGGGGUUCAGGAAGGUGGUUUGCGAGACAGAUUGUGUGGAGGUUCUUCAGGCCUUGGAUGAUCUGGAUAGCAUAAGGUUCACUCUAGUGUUGGGUGAAAUCCGUGGCUAG